UUGUUCGUCUAUGCAGCUUAUCCACCACCUGUUCGCUCAGAGCCACUUGUCUGUCCCUACUCUGGUCAGUGUCGCUAUAGUCACGACUUAGCUGCCGCUAUUCAGGCCAAACAGGCCGAUAUUCCAGGUGAAUGCCCUAUUCUCACCUCAUUGGGGCGUUGUCCUGCUGGCUUAUUAUGCCUUUGGGCUAGCCACGGUCAUCGAAACCUAUCAAAUAAACAGUCAGAAAUACCUAACAUAAAAGAAAGUAUUGCAGAUGUUCCUACUCCAUUCAGUCAAACCGAUGCCUCCAAUUAUCUAGACAAGACAGUGCAGACUAAAUUGCGAAAACGCGACUAUGAUUUCUCUCGAUCACUUGUGAACUUGAAAACACUAGGAGGUUCUCAAAUGAACUCAUCUAGUGAUAUUUCGGCCCGCGAAAAUUCAUCAGCAUGCUCAAAGAUAAAUUCUUCACCCGGGCAGCUAACUGGGUGGUGUGGCUCAGCCAUAGACGACGACCUUUUUAAGCUAAGGCCUACGGAAAAACGAAAGGACAUUGUGUUGUUUGCUCCUUAG